UGAGGAGCAGAGCGCAGGUGCCGAGAGGGGCCUCGGGGCAGUGGGAGCCUUGUGGCUCUCCCCUGGACUCCCAGGCUGCCAGGGUCCUUUCCUCCCAAGGCCUGAGCCCCGGAAAAGAGGGAGGAAGGUCGAUUUCAGAUACCCCCCAGCCCCGCCUCUUCCCCCAGCCCGCUCAGCUUCCUCUCUGCGAGGAACACUUUCACUUCCUGUUACUCCAGGCCUCGAGAACAGGGGCCAGACCAAGGCUCGCUGGCCUCCCACAUCCUGAGGAUGGCCUGGCCAGAGGACAAGGCCGCAGCAGGCCCCACCGACGGGGAGAGACUGGCCCCAUCACAGAUGAAUGGAGCAGGCGAGAUCCCCUUAGGGGUCCUCAGGACCCCAGAGCCACUCCUUCGCCUGCAGAGGACAUGGGGGGUGUGGCAGAUCCCAGAGCUGGAUGCACAGGAGGCAGAAGUGCUUCUGGAGCUGUGGCCACCAGGGAGUUUCCUGGUCACAGGACACGACCCCAGCCAGGUCCUGGUGUUGAGGACAGGACCUUUGCCAGGGGAAGUCAACACCUACAGGAUCCAGAAGCUUCCUGGAGGUGUGUCUCUGGAAUCCUCUAACCUCUGCAUGCAGGACCUGCUCCAUCUCCUGGCCUUCCUAUCAGCCAGCAGGGAUGUUUUGCCCAGAACACUGCUCUUGCCGCCUCCCACUCUAGGACCAGAAGACCAACACACAGAUGCUCUGCAGAUUGGCAGCAUCCAGCUCAACACAGCAGGGAGGGUGCUCUCCGUGGUGAACAAGCUCUACCUGGAGACCCACAGAGAGUGGGGGAUGGACCAGGGUCCCCCAGAGACACUUCCAAAGACUGAGGAGAGACACCAUCCAGCCCCUAGGCACCCCACCCCUCACCAGGUCUCCUGGGUGGAAGGCCCACUCAGCCCAGAAGGCCACCAUCCUAGGCCGGCUCUCACCAGCCUGGUGGAGGAGAAAGAGGAGGAGGAGGAGGCGGAGGAGCGUAACGACUACGAAGAUGAAGAGGAAGGACCCGAGGAUGUGCUCACCCAACACGUCCGGGUUCUGGCCCGGGCUCGGAGCAGCUAUGUGGCCAGGCAAUUUCGGAGCCUUCGGGCGCGCCUCACCUCAGAUGCUCGGGGCCCCCACAGGCCUGGGGACCCCGCCACAGAGCUGCUCCAGGAUGUGCGGCACCUGCUCAUUGACCUCCAGGAUCACCUAGCAAAGGACCCAGAUGUCAGGGCUGUCUUUGGGAGCAGGGGCCCUGGGGCCCCCCAGAAGGACCAGGAUCUUGGCCCCGCGGUGGAGGCGGCCUUGUGCCGGGCGGUGCUGGCGCCCCUGAAGCCCGCCCUGUGGUCGCGACUCCGCACACUCCGAGCCCCGGAGCUGCGACGACUGCGGAGGCGACAAAUAGCCCUGCGGGCGGAGGCGGGGCCUCCGGGAGGGCAGGGGGCGGGGCCUGAGGGGCAGGGCCCCGCCCCCGCCGUGCGGAGCCGCAUCCACGCGCGCCUGGAGCAUCUCCAUGCCUCCUGCUCCCCACGCCGCAAGGUGGCGCUGCUGCUGGCGAUGUGCAGUGACAUCUACGCGGGCUUGGCUCGGGGUGAGAACCAAGAGCCCAUGGGGGCCGACGCCUUCCUGCCGGCGCUGACGGAGGAGCUGAUCUGGAGUCCGCACAUUGGGGAGACGCAGCUGGACGUGGAGUUUCUCAUGGAGCUCUUGGAUCCGGAUGAACUUCGAGGAGAGGCCGGGUACUACCUGACCACGUGGUUCGGGGCGCUGCACCACAUCGCCCACUACCAGCCCGAGGCGGGCCGCGCGCCCCAGGGUCUCAGCUCCGAGGCCCGCGCCUCCCUGCGCCAGUGGCACAGCAGGAGGACGCUGCACCGCCAGGGCGGCCCCGGAGCCCAGGCAGACCUGCCCUUUGAGGAACCGUGGGCGGUAGAGACGGUGCCGAGAGAUCAAUGAGGAUUAGGGGUCUUAAACCCUUCUGCUCUUCAAGCCAGACAGGAGAGGCGCCUGGGACAGCGCCAACUUCUGCCCCCUGUGGCUUAGGGGCAGCAAGGGGCAGGGGAUGCUUCCCGGGAAAAGGGAGCAGGCCCACCUCUGGGCCUUUGCAUUGGCUGUUCCUACUUCCCCGGAAUGCCCUUCCCUAACAUCCAUACUGCUCCUUCCUCCCUUCCUUCGGGUCUUUAGGCAGACGUCACCUUCUCAGUAAGGCUUUCCUAGGUCCCCCUAAACUGGAUUCCUCAGGGCCCAGUGUAGUCACAGGGUCCUUGUGAGAGGGAGGCAGAAGGGUCAGAGUCACAGAGAGGGACGUGAUGAUGUGAGCAGAGGUCGGAGGGGUGACCGGGAGCUCCGGAGUGCAGGCACCCUCCGGAAGCUGAAAAACACAAGGAAUGGAUUUUCCCUUGGAAACUCCAGAAGGAACCUAGUCUUUGAUUUUAGGUACCUAAGACCUAUGUUGGACUUCUCAGCUUUCGAACUGCCAGACAAUAAACUUGUGUUGUUUUAAGGCACCAA